AUGAGCGACUCCACUUUUGAGAAACUUCCGUUGGUGGAAGAAAAGAUUGAAGGGGAAAUUGUCCCUGAAAAUUCCAGCAAUGAAUCACAAAAGCAACCUAAACCUUCUAAAAAGUCCAAAAAAUUUGCGUAUCCUUCAGGCGCACGAGCUCUUAUUUAUUUCUUUGUCUUUAUUUCCUUAAUUGGCUUUGUUGCUCGCGUUUGCUUCAUUUUCCAUGAAGAAUUUAACUCCAAAACUAAUACAAAUGAAGUUAACGUGUCCAAGAGCGAUUCCGACAGCAUUUCAAUUUGGGAUAUUCUUAGAGGAAAGUGUCCUGGCCGUGAUGGAAUGAACGAGAUGCAAAAGCCAGUCAAGCGGAAUGUUAUUCUGAUGAUUUCCGAUGGCUUGGGUAUGGGCUCUUUGGAAAUGAUUCACCGUGCUGGUGAGAACAACAAUCUUGCUCUUGAGUCACAUCUUCUUGGUUUUAGCGCUCCAAAAUCUACCAAAACUUCUCACGGCCCUAUGGACGACACCGCUAUUGCUUGUGGUGUAGAUGCCAACAAUGGCGAAUCUGUUGGUUUGUAUGCUAGUGGUCUUCCUAGUGCUUCGCUUAUUGAAGCUGCUAAGCAGGCUGGUUAUCGUACUGGUGUUGUUGUCACAUCCCGCAUUACUGAUGAUACCCCAGCCGCAUUUACUUCACAUGUUCGUAGCGUUUUGGAUCCUUCUUUGAUUGCCCAGCACCAGCUUGGUAUGUACCCUCUUGGCCGCAAUGUCGAUCUUCUUAUUGGUGGUGGACGAUGUGCAUUCCUCCCUAAUUCUACAAAAGAAAGCUGCAGAGUUGAUACCAAGGAUCUUUGGAAUUAUGCUGAAACCAAUGGUUGGACCGUUGUUAAGAACAUGCAGCAGUACAUUGGACUUAACCAUGGAACUAAUGUUUCUCUUCCUCUCAUUUCUCUUCUAUCUGAGACUGAUUUCCCCUUUGAGGUUGACCGUGACCAGACCAAAUACCCUUCUCUUGAUUCCACUACACUUACUGCUCUCCGUUCUUUGGCUGAGGCUUCUAAGGAUUCUGAUCGCGGGUUCUUUUUGGUUAUUGAAGGAAGCAAGAUUGACAAUGCUGCCCACGAUAAUGAUCCUGUUGCACAAUACCACGAAGUUAUGGCUUAUGAUCGUGCAUUCCAGACAGUUCUUGAUUUUGCCAAGGACUCAAGUGUCGAAACUGUUGUUCUUUCUAUUUCAAACCAUGAUACCGGCAACUUGAAGGUUCUUAAAAGCGAGAAUGCUGUUCCUAACAGAUUUUCUAGUGCUUCAAAAUCAUGUAGUUACAUUGUUGAUACUCUUGCUGAGAAUAGUAUUUGUGCCAAUUCUCCCGAUGCUUCUGUUCGUGUUUCCAAAAUGUUUGAAGAGUUUCUUGGAAUUACUGAUCUGACUGAGGAGGAACUUAAUACUAUUGUUAGUGCGCUUGAUUCAACACCAGGUACUCGUACUAAAGCCAUUUCUCGUAUUGUUUCUUCACGCUCCGGACUUGUUUGGUCGUCUGAGGAUCACACUGUUGAGUCUACUCCUGUGUUUGGUUAUAGCACUAACGAAAGGGUUUCUCGAUUUUUAUCGCACUUCUUCAGAACAUAUGCUAAGUCACCUUCUCAGAUUUCCCGUGUUCUUGAGCGUUUGAUGCAUAUUGAUCUUGCUGGUGUUACCAAGCAACUUAAUAAGGCUAGCAAGGAGCCCAAAUAUAAAGGAUUUUCUAGGGAUAAUGAACCUGAGUCUGACUGGAUGGGUUUCAAUAUGGCUGGCUAUCGUUCCAUGAUGGACCGUCCUUGCUCUGGCUACAGAAAAUAA